AUGAGACGGGAGUGUGUGCUGCGGGACGGCGGGGUGACACUCCAUGGAGACGGUAAGGGGGCAGGGGGUGGGGGAGGUGCCGGCACCGGGUACCGCGCUUGCGCACCAGCGCCGCCUUCCCGUCCUGCUCUCCGUAUUAUGACGUCGCCACGGCCGUGGGAGGAGGUGGGGCCAGAAGCGGGCGGGGCGCGACGUGAGGGCAAAUACAUACGGAUCCAUUUUGGACACACAGGCAAGCUCUCUUCUGCUGAUAUCGACACCUACUUGCUGGAAAAGUCACGUGUUGUAUUCCAACAACCUGGUGAACGGAGUUAUCACAUUUAUUAUCAGAUCCUGUCAGGCAAGAAAAAGGAACUUCAAGAUAUCCUGAUGGUGUCUACCAACCCCCAUGACUAUCACUGCUGUUCACAAGGAGUAGUGACUGUGGACAAGCUUGACGAUGGUGCUGAGUUAAUGGCAACUGAUCACGCUAUGGACAUCUUGGGCUUUUCCACAGAAGAAAAAUACAGCUGCUACAAAAUGGUGGGGGUGAUCUUGCAUUUAGGGAACAUGAAGUUCAAACAGAAGGCAAGGGAGGAGCAGGCUGAAAUAGACGGAACAGAAAGUGCAGAUAAAGCUGCCUGCUUACUGGGAAUUCGCUCGACAGACCUGAUCACCAGCCUGCUACACCCUCAGGUGAAGAUCGGCAAUGAGUGUGUGACCAAGGAUCAGAAUGUUGGACAGGUCCUUUACGCUGUUGGAGCUUUGGCGAAAGCCACGUAUGACCGGAUGUUCGCUUGGCUGGUAAUGAGGAUAAACAAGACACUGGACACGAAGCUGGCAAGCAAAUUCUUUAUCGGAGUACUGGACAUUGCAGGGUUCGAGAUUUUCCAAGUAAUUCUGUCUUCAAUUUUGUGUCCCACACAAGAGCUCGCGGUGUAA